AUGGCUAUGAAUUUUGUUACUUUCAACCAGGACUACAGUUGCCUGGCUGUUGGAACAUCGCGAGGUUUCCGUAUCUACCACACAGAUCCUUUUGCGAAGAUAUUCAGUAGUGAUGAUGGAAAUGUGGCUCUUAUUGAGAUGUUGUUCUCAACGUCUUUAGUUGCCCUCAUCCUGUCCCCCAGGCAUCUCGUAAUCCAAAAUACAAAGGUGAGAUCCUCCAUUAUCUGCGAACUUACCUUCCCCUCUGCCGUUCUUGCCGUCCGGCUGAACCGGAAACGACUGGCCGUAGUGCUCGAAGAAGAGAUAUACCUAUACGACAUUUCGAAUAUGACACUUCUCUACACAAUAGCAACUUCGCCGAACCCCAAUGCGAUCUGCGCUCUCGCUCCUUCAUCAGAGAACUGUUACAUCGCAUAUCCUCUACCCAAGCCGAGAGAAGAUACUGGGGAUAAACGACCCUCCCAUGCACCGCCACUCUCUACCUUCGUCCCACCGACUUCUGGCGAUGUUUUGAUAUUCGAUACCACCAAAUUGGAAGCUCUGAAUGUUGUUGAAGCUCAUAGGGCACCUUUGUCUUGCAUAGCUCUCAACAAUGACGGGACACUGCUGGCAACAGCUUCAGAAACGGGGACUAUCAUCAGGGUAUUCUCAUUACCAAAGGGCACCAAACUGUACCAAUUCCGACGAGGAACAUACCCUUCGACUAUUUACAGCAUGUCUUUCAAUCUGAGCUCGACGUUACUCUGUGUGUCUUCUACUACCGAUACGGUUCAUAUCUUCCGCCUGGGUGGCCCAGUCCUGCCAGACUUGCCAAAAUCAUCAAAUGAUAGAUGGGGCCGGUCUCGUUCUCGUAGCUAUGACAGUGGGACAGAAUCACCUGCCACGGGAACUUCACCGGGAAGUGAUGUGGCGGAAGUGCCAGAAGUUACUCGCUCAGCUCGUGGUACACUUGGAAGUAUGCUUCGGCGAUCAUCGCAGAUGAUGGGGAAGAGUGUAGCUGGUGUAGUGGGUGGUUAUUUACCGCAUGCUGUCACAGAAAUGUGGGAGCCUAUGCGAGACUUCGCAUUUAUUAAGUUGCCCAAAAGUGGCAUGGGACUCAACUCAACAGGAGGUCCACUUCGAAGUGUAGUUGCCAUGAGCAGCAGCAGCCCGCAAGUAAUGCUCGUUACUAGUGAUGGAGGUUUCUAUGUCUUCAGCAUAGACAUGGAAAAUGGUGGCGAGGGUGUUUUGGUGAAACAGUACUCUGUUCUCGAGGGUGACGAUAAACUCGACCAGUCAGCAAUUGACUACAGCAAUUAA